AUGCCCUCCUUUUCCAACGACGUCUCCUACCAAACCGCCACUGCCACUGCCACUGCCACGGCUACCCACCCUCGCUCCUUCGAAUCCUCCCGCAAGUCGCACGAUAAGGCUCCCGUCGGCAACACCUUCUUGUGGACCAACUGGCCCAACGGCAACGGCAACGGCGACUCCGACCAGAAUGACCGACACCUGUUGAACGACCUGAAGAACGGAAGUGCCUACUCAUUGAAUGGCCCCCGCUCCAGUGUCGGCUCGUACACGCGCGAUAUUCAACCCCCCAAGGACGGCAGCAUGCACUCUAUAGGCAAUGGAUCCGCCAGGGAUCUUCGCGAAAAUGGGCGCCCGUCCGCAACGCUGGAUCGGAAACUUUCCGAAACAGGCCCAGGUGUCGUUCCUACAUCCUCUGUGUCGAACCAACCCAAUGGCACUACGAACGGUCGGCCGACCCCAGGGAAACUCACAGUCAACGGCGAUGCCCACCGGCCCUCUGGUGAUGAAUCAGUCUCGCCAUCAGCGUCGCUAUUGCAAAUCCCUCAGUCCGACGAGAAUGGUCGACACACCCCAAACUCCGAUCGCUUGACCCCGGACGCGAAGGCUGGACCCCAUCGCCACUCCUCUCCUCCCGUGCCAUCAAUGCUCGACACUGCCCCCGGAGCAGAAUCGCAGAAUUCGAGUAUGCGGCACCGCCACUCCCUGCAGGUCCCAAGAACGCCCAGUGUGCGUCGAGAUAGCCGAGAACACCCCGAAGAUGCGGCCUACAGCACUGGCCGUAUGUCACCCACGUCGGGUUUCCGUCGAACUUCAAUCGGUCUGAUCAGACGGGCAACGAAGACUAGCACCCAUCAGGAUAUUGGAUUGGAGGACGCACCGCCAGAUGAAGAUGCGGCCCGGUGGGCCGAAGCCAUCAAACAAAAGCGAGCCUCGCGACGCAGACGCGAAGAGGAGGACGAUGAGCGGGUCAUCGUGGGCACUAAGGUGGACCAGAACCAUGUCAACUAUGUUACAGCAUACAACAUGCUGACCGGUAUCCGCUUUACCGUGUCGAGGAUCAAUGCGAAGAUGGAUCGGGAACUAACCCCGGCUGACUUCGAUGCUAAGCACAAGUUCUCCUUUGACAUCACUGGAAAUGAACUGAUUCCUUCCGCCAAAUACGACUUCAAGUUCAAGGACUAUGCUCCUUGGGUAUUCCGGCAUCUACGCGCCAAGUUCCGCCUUGACCCUGCUGAUUACUUGAUGUCCCUCACGAGCAAGUAUAUCUUGUCCGAACUGGGCUCCCCUGGCAAAAGUGGAAGUUUCUUCUACUUCUCACGAGACUACAAGUACAUCAUCAAGACCAUUCACCAUUCCGAGCAUAAGCUUCUCCGGAAGAUCCUUCCGGAGUACUACCGGCAUGUGGAGAAUAACCCGAACACGUUGAUCUCGCAAUUCUACGGAUUACACCGUGUCAAGAUGGCAUACGGCCGCAAAAUCCAUUUCGUCGUCAUGAACAACUUGUUCCCGCCACACCGAGACAUCCACCAGACCUUCGACCUGAAAGGCUCGACUAUUGGUCGUGACCUGCAGGAGUCAGACCUCGAGAGAAACCCCCGAGCGACCAUGAAAGAUCUCAAUUGGGUUCGUCGGAACCGUCAUCUAGAAUGUGGACCCUCAAAACGAGAUUUCUUCAUCGAACAGCUGAAGCGUGAUGUGGUGUUGCUACAAAAGCUGAAGAUCAUGGAUUAUUCACUUCUUGUGGGAAUCCAUGAUGGGGGUAGGGGCAAUGAGGAGAAGCUUCGUGACAAGACUCUCCAGGUCUUCUCCCCUGGUGGUGACCGUGAAGACGAAAACAGUCCAAAUGGUCUGAUGCGCACUCCGUCCAAAUUGGAAAACGAACGCAAGGCCCGGGAGCUACGCAUGCUCAUCAAGCGCGAGCGGCCCAUCCCCUUGGAUAAAGCAGCGGCGAAAAUGCCCGAUGAGAUCCUGGAUGAACGGAAGUACCAUGUAUUCUACGCCGAUGAUGGUGGUUUCCGCGCAACACACGAAAAUGGGCAACCUGGCGAUGAGAUCUAUUACCUUGGAAUCAUUGACUGCUUGACCCAUUACGGAACUACCAAAAAGCUUGAACACUUCUUCAAGGGAUUAUCGAGCGAUCGCACACAGAUUUCCCCCAUCCCACCCGAGGGCUAUGGAGAACGGUUUAUCAAUUUCAUUAAGGGAAUCACGAUGUCCAAGGAAGAAGCCGAAAAAAGACGAGACUCAAGAGUCUCCGCUUCUGGCGCUCCUCAACAAUCAACGGAAAAACGACGUUCAAGAUCAUCCUCCGUUGAGCGUACUAUGCAGGCCGCAGAAAAGGAGGCCUCCAAGGACGUCUCCGUUACUCAUCCCCGGACACUAACCACCGUUUGGGACCCAGCAGACGCCGGUGGCCCUGGCCCGACGUCGACUUUGCCCAUCGUGGAUGAAGCCGGCGAGGCGAGCAGCGUUGGCGGCCACAGUUCACACAGCCGAAACGGUCAUCCUGCCGCCGACAAGGAGCUCCCUCCUAUUCCCGGCGAUGCUCCUCCGCCUCCACCCGGCAAAGGCAAAGGAGUUGAUCGUCAAGACUUGAACACCAGCUCACCUCGUCGUUAA